AAUAGAGUUUUAUCAGUUAUUGAUCCAGAACAGGUAAUAUGACACCUUUGGCGAUAACUUUUUUAAUAUAAAAGUGAAUAAAAUUUCUCCAUUUUUAAAAUAUCCAGCUUAUUUCAUUUACUUCAUUAUUUCCAAUGAUGCAGUUUGAAAAUAUAUUGGGAGUUAAGAUUGAGGUUUGGUUUGCCAUCGGUUUAACGUUAUUGGUAUGCUUCAUAACUAGUAUUAUUAGAAAUUUAAGGAAGAAAAUUCCACCAGGACCAAUAGGGCUGCCCGUUGUUGGAUAUCUACCUUUUCUAACAAAAAACGUUCAUUUAAAAUUCACGGAACUCAGUGAAAAAUAUGGAGAGGUAUUCAGUGUAAAACUGGGAUCGGAAUUGAUAGUUGUUUUAAAUGGAACUGAAUCCAUAAGAGAGGCUUUUUGUAAAACGGAAUUUCUCGGACGACCACCUAACAGUGCUUUUUCAAUAUUGGCAAACAAAAGUCCGUUUUUCGCUCCGAAUCUACAUGUAUGGCAAGAACAAAGGAGAUUUGUUGUUCAUGCUUUGAAGGAUCUAGGACUCGGAAAAUCAAAAAUUGAGGGACAUAUUCAAGUCGAAAUUCACCAUUUCUUGAAAGUUCUGGAAUCUACAAGUGGAAAACCAAUGGACUUGAUGACUCCUCUGACUCCCAGUAUGUCCAACAAUAUGGGAGCAUUAGUGUUUGGCCAUAGAUAUGAAUAUGACCAUCCUGAUAGAGUUCUUCUGGACGAGAGCAUAAAUGAAGUCAGUAAAGUAGUGGUUCAAACUUCACCUUACAUAUUUUUUCCGUGGAUAAGGCGUAUUCCAUUUUUGCAAAGAGUAUUUAAUUUGGAAAAAGGAUUGAAAGCUGCUGAAAGAAGUGACAAUUUAUUCCUGAAGAAAAUAGAAGAACAUAGAAGAACACUUGACCCAAAAAACAUUCGGGAUUUUAUUGACUCUUACUUCAUAGAAAUGAAAUCAAGGAAAGAAAAGGAUCCGAAUACGUCUUUUACUUACGACAUGUUGGCUGCAAACGCUGGCGACCUUUUUGGAGCAGGUAGCGAAUCAGUUCGUACUUCGAUUUCAUGGUGUGUUUACAUAAUGGCAGCCUUUCCAGAGGUGCAGAAAAAAGCGCAGCAAGAAAUUUUGAACAUCGUGGGAACAGACAGAGAUCCCGAAAUACAAGAUCAAAAAUCCAUGCCUUACACACAUUCUAUUCUUCUCGAAGUUAUGAGAUGGAAAACUGUUGUACCUCUAAACGUAUUAAGAUAUACAUCAAUUGAUACAACAGUUGGAGGGUAUGAUGUUCCAAAAAAUACAAUAGUGAUAGGAAAUUUCUGGGCUGUUCUUCAUGAUCCAAAAUGCUGGGAAAAUCCAGAUAGUUUUAUGCCAGAAAGAUUCCUAAGUCCUGACAAAUUGUCUGUAGUGAAAUCAAAUCAUUACAUUCCCUUUUCUGUCGGUAAAAGAACUUGCCCGGGUGAAGCUAUGGCGAAUUUGGAAAUAUUUUUGUACUUUGUUUCAAUUUUACAAAAAUUCGAUAUUGAAUUUCCUCCAGGACUGAAACCUACUUUUGAUGCAGAAAUCUUUACAACUUACAGACCCAAACCUUACAAGAUUUGCUUCAAACCAAGAAGUUUAGUUAUGGAAAUAUGGAUCGCAGUAUUCAUCAUUUUUGUGAUUUACGUUUUCAAAAGAUUUAUUCAAUCACUUUUAAAAAAUCUUCCCCCAGGACCAAUAGGACUCCCCAUUGUUGGAUAUAUCCCAUUUCUCAACAAAGAUGUACACUUAAAGUUUACUGAACUGAGUAAAAAAUAUGGUGAAGUUUUCAGUGUACGUUUAGGAUCUAAGCUAGUAGUAGUAUUGAAUGGUACGAUUUCAAUCAAAGAAGCUUUUGGAAAAUGGGAAUUUCUUGGGCGUCCACCUAGUAGUGCAUUCUCUUUAUUGGCAAAUAAAAGUCCUUUCUUCGCACCAAAUUUAGAGAUAUGGCAUGAGCAAAGAAGAUUUGUCGUCCAUGCUUUAAAAGAUCUUGGACUGGGAAGAUCAAAAAUAGAAAAAUGUAUUCAGGAGGAAAUUAACUAUUUCUUGAAUGUUCUGGAAUCUUCCAAAGGAAAAUCGAUGGAUUUAAUGAUACCUCUGACCCCAAGUAUGUCCAACAAUAUGGGAACAUUGGUUUAUGGUCAUAGAUACGACUAUGACCAUCCAGACAGAGUUAUUUUUGAUGAAAGCAUCAAUGAAAUAAGUGUCAUCAUUGCACAAACUGCUUAUCAUAUAUUUUUUCCAUGGAUCCGACACAUUCCUUUUCUGAUGAAAUUGUUUAGUCUGGAAAAAGGUGUGGAAGCUGUUAAGAGAAGUGACAAAAUCCUUACGAAGAAAAUAGAUGAACACAUAAAUACUCUCGAUCCUAAGAACAUCAGGGAUUUCAUAGACUCAUACCUUGUUGAAAUGGAAGCAAGAAGAUCAAAGGAUCCUGACACAUCAUUUACUUAUAAAACCCUGAUGGGUAACGCUGGAGAUUUAUUUGGGGCUGGUAGCGAAACGGUUCGCACAACUCUCUCUUGGUGCACAUAUACCAUGGCAGCAUUCCCCCAUAUACAGAAUAAAGUGCAGAAAGAAAUUAUGGAUGUCUUGGGAGCGGACCGAGAACCUGAAGUCCAAGAUCAGAAAAAUAUGCCUUAUACGCAUGCUGUAAUCUUGGAGAUAAUGAGAUGGAAGACUAUUGUUCCCUUAAAUGUUUUAAGAUACACCACUGCAGACACGAGCGUCUGUGGUUAUGACGUACCCAAGCAUACAAUUGUAAUUGCUAACUUUUGGGCUUUACAUCAUAAUCCUGAACACUGGGAAAAUCCUGAAGAUUUUAUCCCUGAAAGAUUUCUUGCCUCGGACAAGAAAAGUGUUGUAAAACCCACUCAUUAUAUGCCUUUCUCCAUUGGUAAAAGAUCUUGUCCCGGGGAGGGAAUGGCGAAUAUGGAAAUCUUUCUAUAUUUCGUCUCAAUACUACAAAAAUUCAACAUUCAACUACCUCAAGGAGAGAAAUCAAGUUUUGAUGCAGAAUUAUUUAUUACAUAUAAAUUGAAACCUCAUAAGCUUUGUUUCAUUUCUAGGCAUUGAAGACGCCAAUACACGCAUACAAUUUUAUUGAUUCUUUUACACUGUAUUUUUAUGAAUGAAUAUUCACUUAUGUAAAAAAUAUUAUAU